AUGACCCAACGAUGGACAAUCAUCGCUGCCAUUGUCGUCCUGGUUCUAGCUCUUCGACCGAGCAGACGCAGACCACCCCGCAUCCCCGAACGCGUCCCAUUCGUUUCCAACACCAUCGCCUUCAUGACUGAUCCUGCGGACUUCCUCGACCGCGUCUCGCUGUUUCUCAAUCGCACGUCAACGAGCGUCGCCACCUUCUUUAUCGGUCCAAUACCCAUCACCCUCAGACGGAUCAGCUCGCGGGACCACGCCGAGGAAAAGGCUGGGAAGACUUUCCUGCUGAGCAGAAGGGUUUGGCACCGGCAAACUCAGGUUGUCCACUCUCUGCUCGGGCAAACAACACCCACAAUCGGUUUGAUGCGAUGGUAUGGAAAAUUCUUCGACCAAGGAAUCGAAAAGGCAGUACCUACAAUCGGUCGCUGGGAAAGCGCUCGUCUCAUCGACUUUAUCAAGCGCGAAAUGGCCUUGGCAGCCACUAGAGCAGUGACCGGCACGGAAAUUGUCGAGACGAACCCAGACCUGGUGGAAAGGUUUUGGACUUUCGACAGCGUGGCACUCAGCCUCAUGUACGGGACACCCGCUUGGUGGGAUCCGCGACCUGCCCGGGUCAGAGACGAGAUCAACGCCCUCCUCAAGCAGCAUCUUCAACGCGCUCUCGCCAAGACGAAGCUCGACGGCUCCAAGAUUGUACGUCCCGAUGGCAGCGUCGAAGACCCUGACUGGGAACCGGCCAUGGGCAGCCGAUACCACCGCGCUGUCACGGCUUUUGGCCAGUCAGCGGGUUUUUCCGAACAAGGUCUUGCAGCCAACACGCUGUUGGUGCUGUUUGGUCUCAACUCGAAUUCGAUUCCCAUCACCAUUUGGGCCAUCUUUGAGCUCGUGAAAGAUCCAGAGCUCUUCCAAGCCGCGCGGAAGGAGGCAGAUUCAGUAAUCGUCAAGGACAAUGACGGGAAGAAGUAUAUUGACAUACUCAAGCUUGCCAAGUUGCCUCUCCUCCAGGCCAUCUAUCUCGAAUGCAUGCGCCUCCAUGUACUCAUUAGCAUUACGCGUGAAGUCGUCCAAAAGACAACAAUCUGCGGUUAUGAGCUCCCACGCGGGCGCAUGGUGCAGGCGCCCACAAGCCUCGCGGGGCUGGACGAUCGUGUUUGGGCACGCGACGGACACCCUGCGACCGAAUUCUGGCCGGGGCGUCAUAUUAAAACCAGUGACCAGGGACAUGAGGAGUUAAUGUUCACUGCCAAGUCAAGCGAGUUCUUCCCCUACGGGAGGUGUCUGUCCGCUUGCGAUUGUUUGUGA